AUGCGCAAAUUCAAGAACAAGUUGCGCAAACACAUCAAGCGAUCCUCUCAACCAUCUACGGAUGAAGCCGGAGUUGCGUCUAUCGAUGCGCUAUCUACAGAUGUCGGUCGCACGGAGGUCGCUCAUGAGGCUUCGAAGAAAGUACGUAGUACUCUGUCAACAUGUUCCGUGUCUUCCUGGAUCUCAUUGGACGUCUCACUCAAGGAAACGCAGGACGUAGCUCUCACAACACGCCCCGCUGAGGAUGUGGCUCAAAUAAGGACAGCCGUCGACGACGGUCGUACAGCAUUGGCCCCUCUUAGCUCACCUAAUACAAUCGUGGCCAAAGGGGCGACGGCCAUCGAGGCAACGCCAGAAGCUGUUGAAAGCGCGUACGAGCUGUGGAAGCCUGUACUGGAGAAAGUGGAGAUCUUUGCAUCGCUUGUCGAAAGCAUAGGAGACCUCCAUCCCUACGCCAAGAUCGCAUCCACUGUCCUCCUUUCGGUGGUCAAUCCUGUGAUUGAUCAGAACAAACGUGACAACGCAAUGGCUGAUCUUCUCAAAGCGAUGGACGACCUCUACGAACUCGUGAACAAGACUGGUCGUUUCACAGAUUUGGACGAAUAUCGCAAAAGGCUGUUGAAGGAUAUGUCGAAAAAGACGCAGGAGUGCGCGGAGUUCAUCCAGGACGAGGCCCGUUUUACGAAUUUCUGGAUCCGAGCUGGAAGCAAUGUCAUCUCGGGUUCGCGAGUAGACGAGAAAGUACGCGAGUUCACUGAGGCUUUCAUGGACCUUCGCAGGCGUUUUACCGAAGGGGGAACGCUCGAAACUGAGAUCCGUGUGGCAAAUCUUGCUGAUCUGAGCAAAAUCGACAGCUUGACCCAUGUACGCGGUGCAGGACUCGAUUCGGGCAGAGCGUGUCUUGAAGGCACGCGUGUGAAAACUCUGGAGGCGCUCCGAGAGUGGAUCAAUCACCGUAACCCCGAUGCCCCCCGGGUUCUCUUCCUCCUCGGCGGUGCUGGGACCGGCAAGUCCUCCAUCGCCCAUUCCAUUGGCGUAGAGUUCAAGGCCUGUCGCCGCCUAGGCUCCUUCUUCUGCUUCAACCGUAGCUACCAAGCGGAACGUCGUCUCACCUCUGUCAUUGGUACCAUUGCGCGCGAUCUUGCGGACUGGAAUCGCGACUUCCGACAUGCGCUCGCCAACGUCCUCCAUGAUCAGGGUGGCCUCGUCGGGUCGGUCGACAUCGCGACGCAGUGGAAGGAGCUGAUUGUCAAGCCGCUCGAGAAAAUUAGCUUGGAUGGACCAGUGCUUGUUGUCAUCGACGCAUUCGAUGAGAGCAGCUCCCCCGAUGCGCCCGAACGCCGUCUGCUGUUGAAGCAUCUCACGGAGGGUUCCAAGCAACUUCCUUCCCACUUCCGCAUCCUCUUCACGUCCCGUCCCGAGCCUGAUGUCGUAGACCGCUCCCAGGACGGCCAUCCGCAUAUAAGUCAGAUGAUACUCGACGACAACCACGAUGAGGCAGCCCGGGACAUCGAGCAAUACGUGCGUCACGAGCUUCUUUCUGGAACCGAGGCCGCAUUGGAUGAUACCGACAUUCGGAAGCUGGCUGAAAAGGCGGAGGGCCUGUUUCAGUGGGCGGCGACGGCUUGCCGGGCUAUUCUUCAAAAGCCGGCGGGUCGCACUCUGAAGAAACGGUUUGUAUCGUUUCUGGACGCGGUAUCGCGAGGGGGCGCGACCUCCCUGGACGGCCUCUAUCGAACCAUCCUAGGGGACCUGUUCGCAUCAGACGAUGAAGAUCUCAUGGAACGCUUCCGUUCUGUCAUGGCCCAGGUGUUCUGCGCCUCCUCCCCGCUGUCGGUUGAAUCCCUGGAAGAGAUGCGUCGUGUCGCGAUCGGUGUUGAGGAGGACGACGUCUACCUGAUAGUGAAGCACAUGGGCUCCCUUCUAUGGGGAGUAUACAACGAAAAAACCCUGAUCCGUCCGCAUCACACGUCGUUCCGCGACUUCUUGACUGACGAGGCCAGAAGCGGGGAGUGGUUCGUCGACUUGACGGCGGGACAUCCCGUUAUGGCGCUCGGUUGCUUCCGAAUCAUGAACAUUCGACUGUCGUUCAACAUCUGCCGCUUGGACACGUCCUACAUCCCCAACCGUGACAUUUCCAAUCUCGAAUCCCGCAUUUCCACCUUCGUACCUCAAAGCCUAUCAUACGCGUCUUGUAACUGGAAGGAACACCUCAUCACCACUCAUCCUCCAGACCUGCAACAAGAACUGAGCAAGUUUCUGCAAGAGAAGCUUCUGUUCUGGGUCGAAUUGCUCAGCCUACUCAAGUCCGUCAAUCGCGCGGCCCCCUCGUUGGAAGCAGCCCUCAGGUGGUACAAUAACUCAGGAAGUGAUCAAUCAAAGGAGCUAUUGCUCGACGCGAUCUCCUUCAUUCGCCGGUUUGCCGGUGUCAUAGCCCAAGCCGCUCCUCACGUCUACAUCUCAGCUCUGCCCUUCUCUCCGACGUCGUCCAGGGUCCGGUCCAAUUAUCUCCCAUAUUUCCCCUAUCUUCCGCUCGUCGAUAGCGUUCGUGACCGUUGGCCGCAGGCUCAUGCGGUCCUCUCGGGGCACACAGGCGCUGUUCGUUCCGUGGCAUACUCCCCUGACGGACGGCACAUUGUGUCAGGAUCUUGGGACGAUACGGUGCGAGUAUGGGAUGCGGAGACGGGCGAAGCAAUCUGUAAGCUCUCUUGCCGCUUCGCGGGUUUCGGGGUUGCUUUCUCGCCGGAUGGCCGUCGCGUUGCCGCAGCGGUGGAAGAUUGGACGGUGCGUAUAUGGGAUUCCACGACAUGGGAGGCUGUUGGUGAACCUCUACAUGGCCAUGACGGCGCUGUGCUGUGCAUCGCGUACUCUCCAGAUGGACGUCGCAUUGUAUCCGGCGAUGACAACGGCCGUAUUUGCAUCUGGUCCACGGAAACGCUCGGGGUGGUUCAUGAGCCUAUCCGUGUCCAUUCAUCCUUCGUUGGCUGCAUCGCCUUCUCUCCGACUAGUCGAUACAUCGCGUCGGGUGCUGACGAUGGCACGGUACGGGUUUGGGACACCGUAGAAGGAGGGGCGGUGGAGAAACCCUUCGAAGUUCAUACGGGAGCUGUCAGUUGUGUCCUUUUCUCACCGGAUGGUCUUCGGAUUGUCUCGGGAUCGCUUGACAAGACAAUCAGGAUCUGGGACUUCGAGACCCAACAGACGUUGAGGACGAUAUCCCACCACCUCCUCGGUGACGUAUGGUCUCUCUCGCUCUCUCCCAACGGCAGGCGCAUCGUGUCUGGAUCUGCAAACGGGAGCGUCCUGAUAUGGGAUUCAGAGACAUGCGGGAUUGUCGGGGGGCCAUUCAAUGGGCGCGGCAGCUACGUAUACGCUGUUAGCUUUUCACCUGACGGUCGCCACGUCGUGUCGGGCUCGUCUGAUGCGACACUACGGAUAUGGUCCGCAGAGGAGAGGGAGAGCGUGGAGAGCCCUGGCAAUAUCUCUUCUGAUUCAUCAGAUUCUGCCCCCACGAACUCUGUGACCUCGCUCGCGUACUCGUCUGACGGACAUAGGAUUAUAUCGGGCUCUUAUGAUGGCACAAUCAACGUGUGGGAUGCAGACACUGGAAAUUCCAUUGCCGGGCGUCUGAAGGGCCACUCCGACCUCAUAAGUCGCGUCAGGUUCUCUCCGGAUGGCGGUCGCUUUGUUUCCGCGUCGUGGGAUGGUACCCUUCGUGUAUGGGACUCGACUACGCUCCAACCCCUCGGAGAGCCUCUACGUGGCCAUACCCACUGUGUACAGGACGCUGAUUACUCGCCAGAUGGCCGCCGGAUUGUCUCAUGUUCGUACGACGGCACCAUUCGCAUCUGGGAUGCCGAGACAUACGAGUGUCUCGUCGGGCCUUUGGAUGGGCAUGAAGGUUGGGUCAUAUCCGUCGCAUGGUCACCGGAUGGCAAACGCAUCGCAUCCGGCUCGACUGAUAGGACAGUACGGGUGUGGGAUGCUGAAACGGGGCAGGCUGUUGGCGAGACACUCAGGGGCCAUGAAGACUCGGUCUUGUCUGUUUCGUGGUCCAAGGACGGCCGGUAUGUGAUGUCAUCCGCCAGCGACGGCACAAUCAGACUCUGGGAUAUGGAGCGAUGGGUACCAGCAGGCGAACCUGGUGUCUUCUUGUUCCUCACAUCUAAGCUGAACAUAGAUAUGCGCUUUCAAGAUCCUCUUGGAGCCCAUCCCUCCUUCAUCAACUUCAAAGCUACAACGACAAGCGCAGCCGAAGACCCGUCUGUGCUCUCUCCUGAGAAGUACAUGGAAUGGAAUGGGUGGAUCACGGACAAUUACGAUAACCUUGUGAUGUGGGUGCCGGACGAGUAUCGUGAUUCUCUACUGUGGCGAGGGAUGGUCAAGGUCAUGGGAUAUGAGUCAAUCACUAUAGACUUUUCGCAUGCUUGCGCAGGAAAUGGGUGGGCGAACUGUUAUCAGCCUCAAAGGUCGACUUCAGCGUAG